AUGCGUGAUGAAAUUCGAAGAGCUUAUAUUAAGGCUGGACCUUAUCAACCUAUUCUUUCAGAAUAUCCUGCUUCCAAUUCAAAAAAGCAUCCUCGUUAUUUUCAACCAUCAUGGUUUAAACAAUUUUCCUGGUUAGAAUAUUCACCUUCUAAAGAUGCAGUAUUUUGUUUGCCUUGUUUUCUUUUUAAUAGCAAUCCAACUAGUCGUUUUGGAUCAACAUCAUUUACUCAUAAUGGCUUUAGUAAUUGGAAAAAGGUACACGAUGGAUGCAAUUGUGCUUUUUUGACACAUAUGGGAAAAGAUCCGAAUUCACUGCAUAACAAUGCACAACGAGCUUAUGUAGAUUUAAUGAAUCAAGCUCAACAUAUUGAAGUAUCACUUGAUAGACAAACUACACAACAAAUUUUAGCUAAUCGUCUACGUCUGAAAACUAGUAUAGAUGUUGUUCGAUGGUUGUCAUUUCAAGGGUGUGCUUUUAGAGGUCAUGAUGAAAGCUCAGGAUCAAAAAAUCGUGGGAACUUUCUUAAACUGUUAUCACUAUUAGCAUCGUAUGAUGAGAAAGUUGAAGAUGUUUUGAAAAGUGCUCCACAAAAUGCUAGUUAUACUUCUUCAACAAUACAAAAAGAGAUAUUGCAAAUAUAUGCCCAUAGAGUUCGUAACGUAAUUCGUGAAGAAAUUGGUGACAGAAAGUUCAGCAUUAUUGUGGAUGAAGCAAGAGACAAGUCGAAAAAAGAGCAAAUGGCGAUUAUUUUGAGAUUUGUUGAUAAACAAGGACAGUUAGCUUUGGUUGCAGCAGCUAGAGAAGUGGUUAAAGUGCAUCAAUUUUUUAAAGACUUGUCUGAUAUUGUUAAUAUUGCUUCGGCUUCUUCCAAACGACACGAUGAAUUACAAAAAGCCCAAGCAGCUGAAAUAUCUCAUUUGGUAUCCAUCAAUGAGUUAGCAACUGGAACAGGAAUGAAUCAGAUUGGCACUUUACAACGUCCUGGUGAGACUCGAUGGAGUUCCCAUUUAAAUUUAGUUACUAGUUUACUGAAGAUGUACAAUGCUACUAGCACAAUUCUUGAAAAUCUAAAAAAUACCGCAUCUAACUAUUCGCAACGAGGAGAUGCUCAUAACGCAUAUAAUAGAUUGAGAUCUUUUGAGUUUAUUUUUAUUUUGCAUGUGAUGAAGGAAGUUUUAGGGAUUACUGAUAACCUUUGUCAAGCUCUGCAACGUCGUUCUCAAGAUAUAUUAAAUGCCAUGAGUUUAGUUUUGACAACGAAAGAUUUAAUUCAAAAGUUGAGAGAUGAUGGAUGGAAUGAAUUGUUGAAAAAUGUGAUAUCUUUUUGUGAAACUUCGGAGUUGGAUUUUCCAGAUAUGAAUGCUCAAUACAUUGUGGGUCGUAGUCGCAACAAGAAGGAAGAUGUUACAGUGGAGCAUCAUCAUCGAGUGGAUAUAUUUUUUGCUACAAUAGAUACUCAGUUGCAAGAAUUGAAGAGCAGGUUUAACGAAAAUGUUGUCGAGCUUCUCACUCUUACUGCAGCUUUAGGUCCCAAUGAGUUUUUCAAGUUAUUUGAUAUUGAUAAAAUUUGCAUUCUUGUGAACAAGUUCUAUCCAGAAGAUUUUUCUCAACAAGAGAAAGAACGUCUCCCAUAUGAGUUGAAGUAUUAUGAACUUGAUGUAUAUAAGCAUCCUGAUUUGAGAAAAAUAUCAACACUUUCUGAACUUUGCAGAAGCUUAGUUGAAAGUGGAAAGUCAGUCAUGUACCCAAUUGUUGACAGAUUGAUUCGUCUUAUAUUGACGCUUCCAGUUUCAACAGCAUCCUCAGAACGUGCUUUUUCUGCUAUGAAGAUUGUGAAGACUCAACUUCGUAGCAAGAUGGAAGAUGAUUUUUUAAGAAGUUCUUUGGUUAUGUACAUUGAGAAAGAAAUUGCAGAAAAAUCUUCAUCCGAAGAUCUCGAAUAUGACCCAGAGAUCGAGAAAUCAGCGCGAGGGAUCCUAGAAUCUGACAUUGAAAAAUUGAGCGAAGUAAUUCGUGCGGAAGCAAUUCGACGUGGGAAACAAGUAGAAGAGGUUGAACCUGAGACUGAACCACUCUUUGAAACAAAAGGCAACCUCGGUGAACUAGAAAGGAUGGCUAACCGAACCAUUCAUCAACUAGCUGCUGCUCCCAACGAGCAAACACCAUUAUGCAUUAACUAUCCAACCUGA